GGAGACAGGGGCACUGUUGGUGUACGUCGACGAUAACUUGAUUUCCAGAGAUCUGCGGGAAUGUCUCGAAAGACUACAGUUAAAUAUGGUUUGUACAACCAAGGAGCAACAUGUUACCUGAACAGUGUGCUGCAGGUGCUGUUCAUGACCGAAGACUUCAGAGCAGCUGUGGAAAGGAACUCCGGUGAAAAUCCUGGUAUUGAUUGUCAUCUUGCAACCUUGUUUGCUGAUUUACAGGAACGAACAGCAUCCACGUAUAAAAUCACCAAGAGGCUGAGCAUCAACAGAGUAUAUGAACAGCGGGAUGCUGCUGAGUACUUUGAGAAGAUUUUAAGUUUGACCAGCCCCAAGGCAUCGCAGAUCUUUCACGGACUGUUGACACACAAGACCAUCUGUUCUGCUUGUUGUGCAGAGAAUGAGACCGAUGGGGCGUUUUGGCAUCUUCCUCUUGCGUUGGUGGAUUCCAGUAGUGAACACUAUAGUGUGGUGGAUGGCAUUGAGGAGUAUUUCAGAGCUUCAGAUUUCAGCGGAGAAAACCAGAUGUACUGCGACCGGUGUGAUGCCAAAUCUGAUGCUACUAUUAAAUGUGUAAUAAAGCAUCAUCCAGAGGUUCUGAUGCUGCUUUUGAAGAGGUUUGAGUUUGACUACCGCUACAUGACAUAUGUCAAAAGCAACCGCACUGUGGAUGUCCCCAGCACCCUAGAGAUACCGGAGGAUCAGACAUACAAACUGUAUGCGGUUGUGGAUCAUUUUGGAGAUCUUAGAAGUGGACAUUACACCGCGACGAUCAAGGACGAUGAGAGAUGGUAUAACUUCAAUGAUGACAGGGUCACAGUGCUUGAUUGCCCAGUCCAGGUGGAUGACUUAGAGUCCAACAGUGCUUAUCUUCUUUUCUACAGGAAAAUUAAUGUGCCUGCUGCAGAUUUGUGUACUCAAGACAUCAGGGAGGUGUCUAUUCCUGGAGGCGUCCCACCUGCUAUCAAUAACAUCUAUGACCAGUGUGAAGAUGUGAAGAUGAGAGAGGAGGCUGAGGGAGCAACAGAAGCGGGUAGAGAACCUGCAGUAAAUGUCCAUAAAGUAACAUUAAUUGAAGACAGUGUUGGGUCUAGAGAAGAGUGGCUACCACCUGACCCCUGCUACAAUGCAGAGGAUGAGGGAGUUUAUGCCAGACAGAGCGUACUAUACAAUCAUGAGGAGGAAAGGAAAGGCUUGCAUUAUCUUCAAGAUGCUGAUGCUGAAAACCAGAGGGAUGAGGGGGACAUAAAAACAGAAGAUGUGGGAGGAAGUACAGAGGCUGGUGACCCAGCUCAGAGGAGAGAAACCGUAUCUAGAGAAAGUCAGCUUGGAGGGAGUUUCAAGGAUCAGGACAGACAGAGGAGACCACAGGAGGGUCUGGAGGGUGAUGACAACGCAUCGUUCAACGAUCACAAGUAUAAACAGGAAGUCAGCAACAUGCAUGUGAGACAGGAGUGUCCUCAACAUGUUUGUGUGGAGAUGCAGACAGAUCAGGAAAUGAUGGUAAUGGAUGUAAGUAGAGUCAAGGACGGAAAGAUGGAAGGUGAUGACCAGUCAGAAAGCAGAGGAAGAGCUUUGCCGAAAUACCUUGACAGGCACGCAGAGCAUCGGGACAAUGACGGAUUAGAUGUUAGACAGAACAUAAAUGAAGAUCUGUGGGGAACGCAGAAAACUGGACAACAUUAUGGAGAACAGGGAGAUGAGGAAAGGAUGGAAAUCGAUGUUGAGGUAGAAAAGGAAGGAAAAACUGGAGCAGAUGAAAGGAGGAUGGCACCAGAGAGUGGAAAGCUCUUGAAGAAAUAUGAUCUCUGCUAUUAUAUUCUGAGCUGUGAAAGAGGUCAAGAGAGAGAGGAGAAGAGGGGAGCUCAGGGAGUCAACGAACGAUGGAGAGGAGAUGAUAAACAUGCACAAAUGAGAGAAACAUCGGAGAGACAUCAACACUUUGGUCAGGAUGUAGACGGUCAGAACAGAUCAGAGCAGCGCAUCACCACUACACAUACAAGACAGCAGCAGGAAAAUAAAAGAGAUGAACGUAUCCAAAACCGAGCAGACUCUUCACUGCGACGAGCAGGAUCCGCAGGAAGCAGAAGACCGACAGACGAUUGGGGAGUCGGCAGUGUUGAAAAGACUCAACCAAAAGCAGGAUUUGUGCCUGAUGCGCAAGUAGAAGCUGCUGGAAUAAAACAUGCAAUAAAAAAAAGAGGUGCACGUGAGAAGAAAAGAAGAUGGUGGCACCACUCGUCCCCUCUGAAGCAACUCGGAAAGGAAAAACACAAGAAGAAAAAGACCACCGGGUGUUUUUCUUUAUUUCGGAAAAGCCGGAAAACUGCAGAUCUGACAUCAGAGUCGGAUUGAGUUGAAAUACAGGCUUUGUUCAAGAUAAGACAAAUUGUUCUUUUUGGUUAAUGCAGUUUCAACUUAGUCUAUUAUGAAAAUCACCUUUUCUCAGGACAAGAAAAACAUUCGAACAUCACAUUCAUGUUCAGUUUGUUUGAAAUCACCUCCAAAGACCCAAUGAUUGUACUCUUUUUGCCUUUUGUUGCUCUUCUCACUUUCUUCAAAUUUAUACAUUUGAGGCGAUUACAUUAUAUUUUCUUGUUAUUAACGUUUUUUUGUUGUUAGAUAGAUGGCAGUGAAUGCAACAUCUAAUAUGACUUCAAACAAGCGAUUGUGUGACGAAAUAUAUUAAAACAUACAUCUUUGAAUAGAUGUUUAAUUAACAUAUUUCAUUUUAUUUUUACUUUGAAUGCAUUUUCUUAUUUUACUUUUAUCACUAGUUUAAAUUGAUUAUGCAAUCUACACUUGUAAACUAUUACAGCCGUGCCCUCCAACUGAUGCUUUAGCUGUGAUGUUAAUUACGUUGAACCAAACCGUUGUGUUGUUGUUUACCUUUGUGUAAUUCACUUGAUUUUGAAAUGAAUGAAUGAAUGAUGA